UGGAUAAUGGUUCCGCCCGCCGCUGGCACGGCGCUGCAGUUUUGACUGACGGGCUGUUUGAGCUGGUUGUCAAGUUAGCUGGUGGGUUAGAAAAAAACUGAACGCCAUGCUGGGAGUGGAGUGCGGGUCCGAUCAAGUGAGGCGUGACCACUCUUGAGAUCCCGGGGGAGAGAGAAGAAGAAUGGCUCACAAUGUUAACUUUGACCUGAGUCACCCCAGCGUGGAAGCUGGACUGGAAAGCCCAGUAGACGAGGAAGUGGUUCAUGAUUCGUUCAACCAGCUGAUUGCAGAAGAGAGUCAGAAGGGGGGACUACAGCAUCAGCAGAAGAAUCCAGAAGAUGAGGGCCGAGACAAUGUGGCGUAUUUGUUGCCCUCUGAGAAUCGGGAACGGAGGAUUGGAAGUGAUGAAACGGACGCUCUCCUCAGGGAUCGCUUGUCUUCAGCCACCCUGAAGAUCCUCUCUUCCAUGCCGAGCCGCACCAUCGGCCGUAGCCGGGGAGCCAUCAUCUCUCAGUACUUCAAUAGGACCAGGGAGCUUCGGAGACGCACGCAGAAACGAGCGUCCAUCAAAGACUUCUCUCGCUCCUCCAGACCCAGCUUACGAGGCUACGGCGUGGAGAUGGACACUACAGACUCAGCAGAAAACAGGCAGGAGCGAUUGAUCAAAAACCUGCAGGACUUGUUGGCGGCUGACCGAAUGAGGAUGCUCAAAGAAAUGCCUCUGAAUUUGUCUGAGAAAAAAUACUUGAGGAGGUUGACGUUGGAAAAGACUAAGCAAACGCAUUCCAGCGAUGAUCUUCCCUGUUGCAGUUAUCUGAAAUUUCACAUCAUUUUAGCCUUCAGGAGCAGCUGGUACAGCUGUUUAUCCUUCCUGCACUCCCUGCACCUGUGGCAAAUGCCGCUCAAGAGAGUCAGCGGGCGCUUCGGCUCCGGGGUCCUCUCCUACUUCCAGUUCCUCGAGACUCUCCUCUACUUCAACGCGUUCCUUUUCCUGGUCUUGGGUACGUUCUUGGUGUUUCCACAGGCGGUGUACCCCCCAGAGCGGCAUGAAAACAGAAUUUCCUUCACUGGACUGGAGCUCUUCACCGGAGGGGGCUCCUUCUCCGACACCCUGCUGUACUAUGGAUACUACAGUAACCACACACUGCCGAGCUGUUCCAAGAGUAACACCUCCAGUCCUUCAGGACCGAAGUGUGACUCAAAUUCCCUGUCCUACAACAUGCCGCUUGCAUAUUUCUUCACAAUCGGACUGUCCUUCUUCUUCACAUGUGUCAUCCUUGUGUACAGUAUGUCAAAGUCGUUUGGUCAGAGCUUCAGGAUAGACAAGUCUAACGGCAUGUUGGCCAUGAAGGUCUUCUGCUCGUGGGACUUUAUGGUCAUCAAGAGAAGCUCGGUCAAGCUGCUGUCUGAAAACAUCUGCACCCAGCUCAAGGAGCUGCUGGGAGACGUACUUCACAAGCGCCAUAAGAGAACAAUCUCAGAAAGGUUGAUCAAACUGAUUUUUCAUGGCCUGGGUUGGAUGUGCUGCCUUGGGGCUACCGCUGGAUGCGUGGCCGGGAUUUACUACUUCUCAGAUUAUAUGCACAAAAAACCUUUCUACAAAAAGCAGCAGGGAAGUUUACAAAAUGAUUCCGGGGAUCCAGGGCUAUUAAAAGAAGCCAACUUCUUGGUGCUGCCUAUCCUCGUCUCCUUCAUCAACUCGACGUUACCGAUGCUCUUCCAGCUCAUAUCCUGGAUGGAGAAGUACGAUUCUCCAUCUCUGCACACGUUUGUUUCACUCAGUCGAAACCUGAUAUUAAAAGUGAGCGUGCUCGGAGUCCUCUGCUUCCAUUGGUUGACACGGGUGGCUGGCAGCGGCGAUGAAAACAAGACAUUCAAGUGCUGGGAGAGUUUUGUUGGUCAGGAGCUUUAUCGCUUCCUAAUCAUCGACUUCAUCUUCACUCUGCUGAAUACGCUGUUUGGAGAGCUGCUUUGGAGGUUAUUCUCUGACAAAGUGCUCAAGCGGAACAGAAGACCGGGGUUUGAUAUCGGCAAGAAUGUCCUGGACCUCAUCUAUGGACAGACGUUAGCCUGGUUGGGUCUUCUCUUCGCUCCUCUCCUGCCUGCUGUGCAGAUCCUCAAACUGCUGCUGCUCUUCUACAUUAAGAUGAGCAGUGUGAUGAUGAACUGUCAGGCCCCCAGGAGGGCAUACAGAGUCAGCCAGAUGACCACCAUCUUCAUCACCCUCCUGUGCUUCCCCUCCUUCCUCGGUGCCUCCGUGUGCGUCACGUACACCAUGUGGAGGCUCCCGUCCUCAGAGUCAUGCGGUCCUUUCCGUGGGAGCAAAACCAUGAUCCAGGUGGGGAAACAAAGGAUUGCUGAGCUGGUUGAAGAAAACCCCAAAUUGUACUUUCUGGCUGAAGCUCACACCGCUUUGGUGGAAAAUCCCCUUUUCCUGUUUGUGGCAGCAGCCGUCUUUCUGAUAAUAAUUUACUUCCAGAGUCAGGUGGUGGACGGCCAAAGGAAGAUCAUCACUUUACUGCAGGAGCAGAUAGAAAACGAGGGAGAAGACAAAAAGUUCCUAAUUACUCGGCUUCAGAACGUCCAUGAGCGCAAACGGAAACUGCGGAGAAAACAGGACUCUGGAUGUUAAGGCCGCUGAGCUUCUGGAAGAUGAGCUUCCUCAAUUGUCUGAGGAAUCUUCAGCCACUGGGUUUGCAGCUGAGACAAUGAACUUCAUUCAGCGCCAGAAGAUCAAUGCAGCUGUUUAUAUGGAGCAAACUGGCAGGACGAAACCACUGGUAAAAAAAGAACAACGAAAACAUUUCAUAGAAUCGACUUGAUGCUUUGUCUGCACAUCGUUACUCCCGAAUAACGUACAGUCACGACAGACUUAUGUGUCGGAGGACUUUUUUGAUCUGGAUGUUGCGAACUGAGCAAAAUCCAGAUCAUUUUGUAUUUAAAGCAGAAAUAUUUAGAUUUCAUCUCCUUUUAAAGAAGCACUUUUUCUACUAACUGUGAACUAUUUUCUGUUCAUCAUCCAGAUAUUUCAUUAAUGUGUCAUUGGUAAACUUUGGGUUUUCUGGGUGUGUUGGUGUAAAUAAAAAAAUUUUUCAGUGAAAUUUUCACUCUGUUUUUGUAAGUAAAUUACAUUUUACUA